GCUCGAUUCACUUACAUUACCGGUUGUGUUGCAGAAAUCUAACACGCUUCCAAAAGUUGACGUCUCGUGAUGAAAUUAAACAUACUGUGUGACAGUUGUGCCAUAAUAUCGAAGUCACCCUAAACUAGUAAAGUAGACAACACAUAAUUUAAGUCUGUGAGAAGAGAGUGAUAGACGAUAUCGACUUCUGAUCCCACCUGUGUGUAGAGCUCUAGCGGUGUUAUGGAGGAGCCUGACUUAGCCAAAGACUCCCUUCUCCUCAACUUGGACGUGGAGCAGCUGUCCAAAGAUGCCAUGAAACGGGACAAAGCAGAGCUCCCUGGCCCCAGGCGAGCCUACACUCACGCCAAGAGACGGGCCUUUGCGGAGUUCGUAGAGUCCCUCAGGACUGGUCCGUCGUCGUGGCGAUGCUGCAGCCAAUCGCUGACUGACGCGGCGAGUGUCCACCAGCACGUGGCCCGAGUCCACUCUGCAGAGGUGGAACAGCUGACCGUCGCCACCCUCAAGACACAGCAGCAGUCAGGGGUCAAAGGUCGCGCAGGGGUCACCGGGGGUCACGAGGAGGAGGAGGAGAUGACACACUGCUGCUUACCUGAUAUCAGCCACCUGAACACCGAGCAACUCACACAGGGUGAUGGUGAGGUCUUGCUAUACUACUGCUACUGUGAGCUGUCGCGUCCUCAGCAGAUCUGUGAGUGGCAGAGAAAGCUAUGUGAACUACUCCAUCUCACCGGGAAGGUGCGUGUGGCGUCUGAGGGCAUUAACGGUACAGUGGGAGGCAGUAAAGUUGCAACGGAACUGUACAUCAGAGCCAUGAUGUCACAUCCUGUUUUCAAAGUCAUGAGCAAAGAGGACUUCAAGAGAAGUGAGGGUGGAGCGGAGUGCUUCCCAGAGCUGAGGGUCGGAGUGUAUAAAGAGAUCGUCCCAAUGGGGGUCGACCCCAACACUAUCUCAUACACACAUGCAGGUACACAUCUGGACCCAGAGGAAUUUCAUCGUGAGGUGGAGACACUACUAACCGACGAGGAGGCAGCCACACACACACUCCUCCUGGACUGCAGAAACUUCUACGAGAGCAAGAUAGGUCAGUUUCAGCAGUGUGUGGCUCCUGACAUCAGGAAGUUCAGCUACUUCCCCGACUACGUGGAGGAGAAUCUUUCGCUCUUCGCGGACAAACGCGUCCUGAUGUACUGCACAGGAGGAAUACGCUGCGAACGCGCCUCAGCUUACCUACGCUCUAAAGAUGUGUGUAAGGAGGUUCUUCAGCUGAGGGGGGGUAUCCAUAAGUACCUCGAGCGCUACCCUGAUGGCUUCUACCGCGGGAAACUCUUCGUGUUCGACGAGCGAUAUGCACUCGCCUACAACCAAGACGUCAUCUCAGAGUGCAGGUAUUGCGGAGCUCCGUGGGACCAGUAUGCGUUGUGCUGUGCAGGUGUGUGUUGUCAGCUGGUCCUCAGCUGUGUGAGCUGCAGAGAGAAGGGACUCACUGCCUGCUGCCCCACAUGCCAGAGGAAACAGGACACACACACACGCCACCACCACGCACACACACAAACACACACACACAGAGAGGAGUGUGAAUGCACCGACACACGACCACGCAUCCCCAAAGACUCAUGACACACACACACACACACACACACACAAUCAGGAGUGAGUGUACUGUAUAACUCAUUUUCCAAAGAGAUGACGCGCCCACACACACACACACACACAUACAUAAACACAACCAAUUGCGCACACAAACACUUAGCCUAUGCACUAACAGACAUGCUCACUAUCGCCUUUCCACCAAGACCCUCUUGUGUGUUUUGCUGUAAAUUUUAAUAAAGUUUGAAAUUGAUUUUCAUAUUUUGA